AUGUCGUCAUUGCAACGAGGCGCUACGGGCGCCAGUAAACCGAAGCCAGUAAACGUAAAUUCGCUAUAUUCAGGACGUAAUCUUGCUGCGGGCGCCAAGCCAGUUGGCAAGCAUGGCUUGCAAUCUGUGGGGAAAACUGUUGGUGUCGUGCGACGCAUGCCACCACCAGCAACUCUUCCCUCACUCAAGGCGGAGAAUAAUGGUCAAGACCCUACCAUAAACAUUGUUCCUCAAAGUGGUGGAACAGGAUGGAAUAAAAGUGAAGCUGCGGCUGAGCCAGUGAAACCUAUCUCAGCCCCACCUUCCAAUGGACCUGAUUUGAGACCCACAUGGGCUAAACCUCAGAAUCAAGAAGGAGCUACUACUCCUGCUGCUACAGCUGCUCCUUCAAACAGGGAGUUUCCCACCCUAGCAGUGUCAGCUCAAGGCAAAGAUGCCAAGCAGCAAAAUGCAUGGAACUCUGGAUGUGCAGCUUCUCACUCCGCCCGAACUAACUCUACCUCCUCUAAUUCUGCUGAAGACGACCGAAGAUUACCUUCUCGCUACUAUGAUAAUCCUAAGCAAAAUGCAUCUUACCGGACUAAAUUCCAAGGAAGUAAUGAUGCUCGAGCAACCCAGCCCAAUUACUAUAAUCAAAGAGUUAGCGAGAGUCGUGAUGGAGAUCGUGAGCGAUUCGAUUCAUACUCUGAGUCAGUUCUUUCUAAUCGUUCUGAUGAAAAACCUCCAGUCGAAGACAGAAGACCUUCCGAGUGUUUCUUUGACGGUGAAACUCGUGAAGAGGCUCCCAGCCAAGUCGUUGCUCCUCAAGUUGAGGAAGACAAUUUCGCUCAUGAAGUUGAACGUGAUGCUGCUAUUGAGAGAAGUCGACAGAAACGUAUGAACGUUAAGCCCGGAUCUCAGCCUGAAUAUCGUCUCUUGAAACGACCAGAGCCUUCUGAGUCUGCCCAAGUCGAAGAGAACAGUGACGAUGAAGAAGAAGUUCAAAUGACUAAACUGAACAAGCCUGCUGUGCGGGUAGUCAAGAGAGGUAAUGCAGAAUUCGAAGAGAAUGAAUUGGGCGAAAAGAUAGAAUCAAUGACUAUCCAGUCUUCAUACUGCGAACAACCUGCUCCCCGAGUUUCAGAAAUGAAAAAGAAGAAUGAUGUUGCGAAAUCUUCUCAUUCCCAUCACGAGACAUCUUCCCAAUCUAAAACUAACCAGGAUUCUUCUAGAAAUCAAGGCUCAGCUCACAGAGAGAGAAUGGACUAUAGGCAAUCAAAAAGUGAACAGUAUCAAAACUCGGCUAUCAGUUCUAACUCAACUCAUCCUUCAAAUAAUUCCUCACAAACUCCUGCUCCUGCAGCUCCUACGGAGAACAUUUGGGCCAAACGAAUUGAAGAGCGUGAAUCUCAAGAAAGAGAGAAGCGUAACUCUGCCAAGUCUUUACCGCAGGCCAUUAUUGAACAGCAUUUCCCUGCUGUCAAUGAAUCUCUUUCUAUGAAAGUUGAUAAGGAUAUGGCUCGUCGCCCAGCAGAUGUUGAGUUUGCUAGAGCUACUCUGAGAGCUCGUAGGAACGCGGCAAGCAAUGAUGUUCGCAAAACAAUGAGUAGAGAUGAUGAGAGACGUACUUAUCAACGCGAACGUCAUUCUGAGCAAAAUCGUACUAGAGAAGUACAAGAUAGAGGCGAUGAAGAUGUAUAUGCAGCCAAAGAGGAUAAUCGAUACUGGCACGAUAAUAAUGAUUACUCUGAGAAUCGCGUGGGUUACCGUGAGUUCUCACACUCUUCUAGAGGUCGACGAGGAGGUAUAUCUCGAGGAAGAGGAAUAAGAGGAGCUGUUCGAGGCGGAAGAGGACGCAUUGGUUACACUCAGUACCAAAUACAAAAAAGGCCAACUUCUGCGAUGAAGUCGCAUAAUGAUGAAGAGCCUCAACCGGAAGAAAAUGAUAACAAUGCUAAUAGAACUGAAUUAACGAAAACCGCCGACGAAAAUGUACAGGAAAAGGAGGAAAUCGCUGUAAAUCGUCAGAAGGGUGAAAGGCUCGUAAGCCCCCGAGGAAAAUUCUCCAGAGGUGGACGAGGACGUGGCCGUGGCCGGGGAGCUCAUUAUCGUGAUGAGGGACGUCUUCCAAGAGAGGAAGAGAGUGAAGAAGUAGAUUCUCAAGUUUACGUUAACAGUCGUAGGGGACGUGGAAGCCAUCCACGGCCUCGGCGAAACAAUGUUCGAGAGGAUGUCAAGAUCAAAGGAAAUACUCAGAGACGAGGAUCCGAUCUUUCUUCGAGUGCUCAUGACAACAAAAUAGACAGGCUUAAAAGCCCAGUUGCCUCUAGUGAAGGUCACGAUGAAUGGGAAACUGCUAGUGAGAGUAGUGGACGUGUUCAUAAUAGAGAAAGAACACCUUCAAAGAGACCUCAACCUCAGCGCAAGCUCCAAAACUCUACAGAAAACACUGAAACUAAAGGGAGAAUUUCUGCAGAGCGUAUUCGCUCAAAAAACGGCCAACCCGCCAGACGUACGUGCCACUCGCCCUCCGACGCCAGCAACAGAAGACAGUCGAAGGAAAAACAUCAGCAGAAGCACCAAAAUGAAGAGAAGGCCGGUGCUUCCGACGGUCUGGCGGGGUUAGAUAUCAAUAAUGUUGCUGGUGUUGUUGUGAUAGAUUCUCAUCAGCAGGACAUUUCUGCUGACGCCCUGGAUGGAUUCGAAGAGGUGUUAAAUAAGAGAGCCAAAAAGAAAAAAUUACAGCAGAUGAUGGAGGCCGAAGAGCGCAAGAGACUUCAGAAAGAACGACAGCUUCGAUUACAGAACCAAAGAGCCAGUAGACUAGCAGCCAAAAAAGAUAAGAAGAAGGUUGACCAAGAAGCUGCAACCAGCAACAAGGAAAACAAAAGAGAUGGGCAAUCAGACGGAAAAGUUGAGAAGAAAAUAUCAGUAACUACUGUCUGGAAUAGUUCUCACUUCCCCAAUGAGUUGAAUACCGAGGCGAAAAUGUCGAAGGAAGUCAAAGAGAUCAAAGAAGUGAAAGCUGUGAAGGAUUUGAAAGAGUUCGGCUCUAGUCAGGGAAUUGUUAUACCUUCUCCCAUUGCUCGUCCUACUCCCAGAUCCAAAUCGUCAGCUUCAGAUACUCCCACAGCAAAUCAGGAAGAGCCUCAAAAAAUGGUUGAAUUGACAGGAGCUCUAUCCGCAAGCCAACCUUUGCAAGGUGAUGAUAAGUAUGACUUCACAUUUGAUCCUAAUAUCCACGAGCAAGCGUUAGCCAAAGAAACACAAGAGAAGAAUAGCGUCACUGCAUCCACUGGUGCCAAUUCGGAGACAGGAAGUGUCGCUGAUGACUACAGAUUGAAAGAGAAGCUGAACCGUGUAAAGGAGUUAUGGCCCUCUGAGACUGAGAAGCAGUCUACGCAGGCACUCCCAUCUAAUGUUGCGAAAGUUAAACCGCAGCCUCAAGUUGGAGAACCUCCCAGUGCUGAUAUUGUGAAACCAGAAAGUAAUUGUGUUAGUAGUUGCCAAGUGAAUUCCCAGAGAAGUCCUGGACUAGCAUCUUUCUCUUCUGGAUUAGGAGGAUUAAGCUUUGGCUAUCCCAUGGUGUUACCUGAAAUGAGCUAUUCUCAGCCACUUCAUGUUGGUUCCUUGCUGCAACCUCCCAAUGCAAUUAGUCCUCCUUCGACACUGCCAACACCAGGAUCUUACACUCAAAACCAAAGACCACAGAGCCGUGCUCCAAUGGGUGAAAACCAAAUUUACAUCAGUAACAGAGGAAUGAAUCAAAACAUGCAGAGUUGGCCAACACCAAACAGCUCUUUCGACACUGUUAUGAGCUAUGGUGCUACUCAACCUCAACAAAUGCAGCCAACACAGCAAUCUCAGUUCCCCUUUGCAAGUAGUGGACGAAUGGGUCAUCAACCUCCUCCACAGAUGCAACAGCAAAGACCUCCCGGUUAUCCUAAUGUAUCUCAUCCACCCCCUCAGUCAAAACUAAACGGAGGUCCACCAUUAUUACCGUUCCACCCUCUUCCUAUGGAUAUGAUGAGUAUGAACAUUCCACCUCCUCCACCAAAUGCUCAUAAUAUGAACGGCCCACAAUUAGGUCAUCGUAACGACAGAGGUCAGUUCGGAUCUAUGAUGACUAGUUCAUUCCAAGCUCCUCCACCUCAUCCACAACAUCCUCCUCCAAAUGUGCAUCAGCCUCCGAUGCAAUUCACUCAACCACCUCCCACACUUAAUCCUAAUAUGAGGUUUGCUCAGCCACCUCCCGCUCAUGGAGCUGAUCUCGCAUGGAGUAAGCAGGGUAAUCACCAACCUCAAACUGGUCAGAUGUUUGGACAGCCUGAUGUGUAUAGAGGACAACCCCCAAUGGGCAUGAAUAGAGUAGUGAUUCCGAAUGCUGCUGAAAACUGGUCGAAUAUGCACGUGCCAAAUUUCAAUUCAAUGAACCAUAAUCAGCCUAUUCAUAGGCCUAGGAUGGGAAUGACUGGGAAAAACAGAGCUCAUGAUGGUUCCGGCUUUAAGCGCGGUAUGCCAGGUCACCAGCAUCAAGCCAAUCAUGCAACACCGUCUUAA